AUGAAAAGGGUUAGUUUUACAAUGUUUUCUGGUUCAGGGGUGACCUCUAAAAAGGAUCAAGAACAAUAUUGGGCAGAUAAAAGCAUGCCAUAUAGAUAUAUUCCAGUCACUGAGUUUUCCGAGCGGUUCAAUCGUUUCCACGUGGGGGAAAAUUUGAAAAAGGAGUUGUCAGAUCCAUACGAUAAAAACAAAAGCCAUAAAGCAGCUUUAGUUUUCACAAAGUACUUAGUCCCUAAAAUGGAGCUCCUUAAGGCCUCAUGGGAUAAAGAGUGGCUGCUAAUGAAGAGAAACGCGUUUAUUUAUGUUUUCAAGUCUAUACAAAUCGUGUUUAUAGCAUUUAUUUGCACGACCUUGUAUUUUAGGACAACCAUGCACCACAGGAAUGAACAAGAUGGUGUUAUUUAUGUAGGGGCACUUUUAAACAGUUUGCUCAUAAACAUGUUUAAUGGGCUUGCUGAUCUUUCAUUAAUCAUAUUGAGGCUUCCGGUAGUUUACAAACAAAGGGAUCUCAUGUUCCACCCUUCAUGGGCUUUCACUCUUCCAGCUUUCUUGCUACGUAUUCCUAUAUCUAUGCUAGAGAGUAUUAUGUGGUGUGGUAUAUAUUACUUUGGCGUUGAUCUUGCCCCUGAUGCUUCCAGGUUCUUCAAGCAUUUGCUGUUGGUUUUCUUGAUCCAAAAUGUAGCAGCGGGACUAUUUAGGCUAAUUGCUGGGGUGUGUAAAACAAUGAACAUUUCAAACACGGGUGGAUCUAUCGUACUUCUUCUUAUAUUUCUGUUGGGUGGUUUUAUAGUUCCUAAGACCCGUAUUCCAAACUGGUGGGAGUGGGCGUAUUGGAUUUCACCUCUGUCUUAUGGCUUGAAAGCGUUCGCCAUAAACGAGUUUCUUGAUCCUAGAUGGACAAACAAAAGGAGCACAGACAAUACAACCAAUAUGGGGUAUGCAGUGUUAAAGAACCUAGACGUCCCAACUAAAGAGAGCUCAUAUUGGAUUUGUGCUGCUGCUCUUCUUUGUUUUGCAUUUCUCUUUAAUAUCCUCUUUACUAUAGCUCUCAUGUAUUUAGAAGCCCCUGGAAAACCACAAGCAAUUAUCUCCAAGGAAGAAGCUGCAGCCAUGGAAGGUCAAGAUACCAAACCAACAACACAUCCUGUUGAUGGAAAUAAACGCACUUCUGAUGCUAGUAGUCUUGCUAAGAAGGGAAUGAUUCUUCAGUUUACUCCGUAUUCCAUGUCAUUCGACAACGUGAGCUAUUUUGUUGAUAUGCCUCGUGAAAUGAGAGAGCAAGGGGUGACAGACAAUAGGUUGCAGUUACUUACUGAUGUAACAGGUGCUUUUAGGCCAGGAGUCCUAACUGCUUUAAUGGGAGUAAGUGGGGCAGGUAAAACUACACUCAUGGAUGUUUUAGCUGGAAGAAAGACCACUGGUUAUAUAGAAGGGGACAUAAGAAUAUCAGGAUUCCCAAAAAAACAAGAAACUUUUGCAAGAAUCUCUGGGUAUUGUGAGCAAACCGACAUCCACUCUCCCACAAUUACUGUUCAUGAAUCUUUAAUCUACUCUGCUUUCCUCCGUCUCCCAAAACAAGUCAGCAAGGAAGACAAAAUGGUUUUUGUGGGUGAAGUAAUGGAGCUAGUAGAACUAGACAACAUCAAGGAUGCAAUAGUGGGACUUCCAGGAGUUAGUGGUUUGUCAACAGAACAAAGAAAGAGGUUAACAAUUGCAGUAGAGCUUGUUUCAAAUCCUUCAAUUAUUUUCAUGGAUGAACCAACUUCUGGACUUGAUGCGAGGGCAGCUGCCAUUGUUAUGAGGGCUGUAAGAAACACUGUGGACACAGGGAGAACAGUUGUUUGCACCAUUCAUCAGCCAAGUAUUGAUAUAUUUGAAUCUUUUGAUGAGUUGUUGCUAUUGAAAAGAGGAGGAAAAGUUAUCUAUGCGGGCCCACUAGGCAGGCAUUCAAAAAACAUCAUCAACCACUUUCAGGAAGUUCCUGGGGUUCCAAAGAUCCCUGAAAAAUCCAAUCCAGCAACAUGGAUGUUGGAAGUCAGCUCUGCUGCUGCAGAGAUGCGGCUCGAUGUUGACUUUGCUGACUACUACAGUGAAUCGCGUGUCCAACGGAGGAACAAGGCUUUGGUGAAGGAGUUGAGUGUACCUCCACCAGGUGUUGAAGAUCUUCACUUUGAAACACAAUAUUCUCAAAAUAUAUGGGGACAAUUCACUUCUUGUUUAUGGAAGAUGUGGUGGAGUUACUGGCGAAAUCCCGAUUAUAACCUUGUUCGUUUCUUCUUCACUUUGCUUUGUGCACUCAUGGUCGGGACUGUAUUCUGGAAAAUUGGAAGCAAAAAGUCGAGCAGCAAUGAUUUGAGCACAACAAUUGGAGCCAUGUACGCUGCUAUAUUUUUUGUUGGCAUUAACAAUUCCCAAACAGUGCAGCCAGUUGUUGCAACAGAAAGAACAGUCUUUUAUCGUGAAAGAGCAGCUGGAAUGUACUCUUCAUUACCAUAUGCCAUGGCACAAGUUAUUGUUGAGAUACCAUAUGUAUUCCUUCAAACGACAUACUACACUCUUAUAGUGUACGCCAUGGUGUCAUUCGAAUGGACAGUACCCAAAUUCUUCUGGCUCUUUUUCAUCAACUUCUUUUCGUUCCUUUACUUCACAUACUAUGGAAUGAUGACUGUUUCCAUUACACCAAACGAGCAUAUUGCAGCCAUAUUUGCAGCUGGUUUCUACCUACUUUUUAAUAUCUUUUCAGGGUUUUAUAUUCCGCAACCUAAAAUUCCUGGAUGGUGGGUGUGGUACUACUGGAUCUGCCCCAUGGCGUGGACUGUGUAUGGUUGCAUUGUUUCUCAAUAUCAUGAUGCGGAUAACACGAUUAAGGUGCCUGGCAUGGGAAUUGACCCGGCCCUCACAUCGUAUAUCAAGGACUACUAUGGUUUUGAAUUGGAUUUCAUGGGUCCCGUUGCUGCGGUUUUGAUUGGUUUUUGUGUAUUCUUCGCCUUCCUAUAUGCCACUUUCCUCAGGUUUAUGAACUUCCAAUUGAGAUAGAAAAGUAAGUUCUUAAGUAUGUGAUGUUUACGGAUUUUUUGAAAGAUCAAGUAAAACUUAGUUUUUAUGU